GGGAAAAUGCAUCCGGCAGGGGUCAAUUAAGCCAUCCAAGGCUAUCUGUCUUCAACAAUAUUUAAACAAGAAGUCUCCCACUUUCGCCCUUAGUAAUUCCGGAUCUCACUCAACUUGAGACUAGCUACUUUUACUUACCCCACCUUACGACCUGCUUCCAUAAACGUCAAGCAGCACCCUGGCUUUCCAGUCGUUACAUCUCAACGCUGCAAACGAUCAAGCAUACAUUAUCAGCACCAUGGGUCUUUCCGGCCAUUGUCUCUGUGGCGCUGUCAAGUACACGGUCGACGCCGACCCUUUGCUCGUCGGCUACGACCACUGCGAUGAUUGCCAGCGCCAAAGCGGCUCGACGUAUUCCCUUGUCGUCGUCGUGCCCAAGGACAAGAUGAAGAUUACGGGCACCACCAAGAGCUUCGCGGGCAAAGGCUCGUCCGGCAACGCGGUUCAUCGCAUCUUCUGCCCGUCGUGCGGCAGUCCCAUCGCUCAUGACCCCGACGCAGCGCCCGAUAUCAUCGCUGUGAAGGGCGGAACCCUGAGUGUGGAGGACAAGAAGAACCUGAAGCCUGAAACCGAGAUCUGGACUGUCAGCAAGCUCCCCUUCUGCUCGGAGCAUUUGGCCAAGCCGUUCGAGUACAUGCCGGAAUGAUUUGGCGUUUUGGGGAAGACAAACACGUAUUUCGAAUACUUCGGCGUCUGGCAAAUGGGUUCAAUGGCGAUUUGGGGUGCUGAAGUGAAGCAUUGCAAUCAUUAC